AGAACGAGGAAUUGAAGAAGAUGAUCCAGCUGCAGACGUUCAACUCGAGGGAUGCGGAGAGGAUGAAGAAGGAGUUGCAGGCGGUGGAGGGGGAGAUCGCUGAUGCUGAGAUCGAGAGGAACAAGUACGAGGAGAAGUGCUGGGAUCUCGACAGGGCCCUCGCACUCAAAUUCAAGGAGCUGGAGGAACUCGCGAAGGAAUGCAACAAGGCUGUCCGGAAGUUGAAGCUUGGUUCAGAUUACCAGUAUGUGUUGAAUGCAAAAGGGUCUACACCUGUUGAGGUGAUGGGCAUCGACUACAAGUCGACACUAAAGCCGGCACUCGACUCGCAUGCCAAUGACAUAAACAAAAGCUCAGUGGAGAAACUUGAAGAGUUAAUCAUCCUUCAGCAGCAGUCCAAAAAAACUGCUGCUAGGAUUGAGGAGAAGAGAAAUCGUGUUGUGCAACUUCAUUCCCGUGUUGAUGAUGUAAGUACUUAG